CAUUAUAUCACCCAUCGUAUCUCAUUCUUUAAAAAAAAAUCUUAUUUUUUUUGUCAAUAUUAUUCACAAAUUUUUAAGUGAUUCACAUUUUCUAAAUCCUACAUACUUAGCCAUGAAGAGGCAAAGAGAUAUCGAAGGUUUAGAAAACAUAAAUUUGGCAAAUUGUUUAAUGAUGCUCUCUUAUCCCCCAAAACAACAAAACAAUAAACCAAAGCAAAUAAAAUUUGGGCCUACGGAAUUUGAGUGCAAAACUUGCAACCGAAAAUUCUCAUCUUUUCAAGCACUCGGUGGCCAUAGAGCUAGUCAUAAAAGAUCAAAAUUAGAAGGGUAUGAACUUAUAAAAGCUAAUGCUAUAUCUUUGAGUUUGGGAAAUAAACCAAAAAUGCACGAAUGCUCCAUUUGUGGACAGGAAUUUUCUUUGGGGCAAGCACUUGGUGGACACAUGAGAAGGCAUAAAGCUAUGCUCAUCAACAAACAACUUUCUUCGAUAGAAAAAGUUGAUGUGAAAAUACCAAUUUUGAAGAGAUGGAAUAGCAUGAGGGUUAUGUGCAUGGACUUGAACUUGACACCGUUGGAGAAUGAUUUGAAGUUAUUGUUUGGAAAUAUGGCUCCAAAUCUUGAUGUUUUAGUCUGAUUAAUUCUUUGUAAUUUUGCGUAAAUUCAGUUUGUAAUCACCAAUUUUUUGUAUUUAA